UCAUUUUAUGCUUGUGUGUCUGAGCGUUUUCUACGCCAGACCGACAGGUUAAAAGCAAGGUAGCCUACGUCACUGCAAUUCCACAACGAGAACGAAACAGAAACGGAAGUGCCGUGCAGUUCCACAACGAGAAAGGGUCAGAUGGACGAGGAGGAGCACGAGGUGUAUGGGGGAGACAUCCCUGAUGAGGGAGAAAUGGAAGGGGAAAUGGAGGCUAAUAAUGCCGAUGUUGAGAUGGGCAGGGCCGAUGAAGAUGCCGUCAAGGAGCUGGAUGAGAUGAAGAAACGGUUGAAGGAGAUGGAGGAGGAAGCAGCUGCUCUUCGUGAAAUGCAGGCUAAAGUUGAGAAGGAAAUGGGUGCUGUCCAAGAUCCUGCAAGUGCAGCUGCAAAUCAGGCAAAUAAGGAGGAGGCAGAUUCUCGAUCAGUGUUUGUUGGUAAU